GAGCUGCCGAUCCAAAGGCCCGGCUCAGGAGUGAUCCCGAGUCGCCUGUGGUAUCAAGAUCAAGAUCAAGAGAACAACAAUGCUGAGGAAGCGAGCGCUCUAUCUCAUUCUUUACUUUUCUCAAAUUAUACCUCUGUGUCAAGGCCUUAAAGGAGGAUGUCAAAGCCGGGACUAUGGACAUGGCAGCACUGUGUGUGUGUGUGACACCAGCCACUGUGACACCCUCCCCCACAUCACUCCACCAAUCCUUCCCUCAGUAUUCAUCAUUUCCACCAACAAGGCUGGUCGACGCUGGGAGGUCACCACUGACAACUUUUUAUCUCUCCAGUGAUGAUGAACUGGAUCAGGAGGAGGAGGAGGAGGAGGUGGUUGUUAAGGUGGAGCAUGUGGAGGGGUACCAGAAGAUUAUUGGGUUUGGUGGUGCAUUCACUGAUGCCGCAGGACUCAACAUCCUCUCUCUGCCUCCAGAGCUGCAAGACACUGUACUCAGGGCUUAUUAUUCCCCUGAGGGCCUGGAGUACACUAUGGGGCGAGUGCCAGUGGGAGGCACUGACUUCAGCACACACCCUUACACCUAUGAUGACUUGCCCCAUGGCCAGAUUGACCCUCUUUUGACAAAGUUUGCCUUGGCUAAAGAGGAUCUGAAGCUCAAGAUACCCCUGAUUAAAAAAGCAAGGGCCAUGUCCCCAGUACCUAUUAAGCUCUUUGGGUCGGCUUGGGGUGCCCCUGGCUGGAUGAAGGACUCAGGCAAAAUUGCAGGCAAAGGCAAGAUACAACUGAAGUACUAUAAGACUUGGGCACAGUACUAUGUGAGGUUUCUACAGAACUAUGGCCAACACAAUAUAAGUUUUUGGGGACUCACUGCCCAAAAUGAGCCAACAGAUGGACUUCAGUCAUCAUUUAGUUUUAAUGCAGUUGGAUGGACUCCCAAAGAACAGGCUGAGUGGAUGGGGCAAUUCCUUGGCCCAGCCCUGGAGAGUGCUGGCUUGGGACAUAUCAAACUGAUGGUGCUUGAUGACAACCGCAUCUUUCUACCCAAAUGGGUGGAUGAUGUGAUGACCAAUGCUGCUGCUGCCAAGUAUGUGUCCGGUGUGGCUGUGCAUUGGUAUACUGACUGGUUCACUCCUCCCUUGACUCUGGACAUAACACACAGUCGCCAUCCACAACUCUUCAUCUUGUAUACUGAGGCAUGUACUGGGCAGUGGCCGUGGCAGCCUCUCAAAGUAGUGCUGGGGUACUGGCCACGUGCAGAGAGCUAUGCAGCAAACAUUAUAGAGGGCCUAGAACACUGGUCUACAGGUUGGAUAGACUGGAACCUGGCCCUGGAUGUGAAGGGAGGACCAAACUGGGCCAAGAACAAUGUUGAUGCUCCGGUCAUUGUUAACGCUAGUGCUAGGGAGGUGUACAAACAGCCCAUGUACUACACCUUGGCACACUUUACCAAGCUGCUGCUUCCGGGAAGUGUGCGAGUAAAGCUUAGUAUUCCUAGUGCUAGCUACAGCAACAUAUUACACACGGCCUUUGUACGUCCAGACAAUGCCACUGUUGUCACCUUCCUCAACAGGGAUGAUUAUUCAGUACGCAUUCGACUUGAUGAUCAUCGUGUGGGAAGUCUGAGGCUGCGUAUGGAACCUCGGUCCCUAGUCUCUGUCAUCUGGGGACCUCCGAGGGAUUGAGAAAUGAGAGAGCAGUGUAACGGCUUCAAGCAAGUGUGUGGCUUUUUCCUAUAUUCUCUUUUGAAUAAACUGUUAUUAAUGGUCACAGUUAUUACAUACUUAUCUAUGUUUUCUGUCACAGAAAUCGUAAUACUUACAAUGAUGCUGAAAUAGAUGGAACAGCUUAGCAAAUUUGUUUUUAGAGUUAAAGAUGGUUGUUCUGUAUCUUCAGAGUUUGUCUUCUCAUGAGAUCCUGCUGUUAAUGGUGUAUCCUAGUGGAAAAGAAACACACUUUUAGUCAAGUCUGACAGUGGAAGUGAUUGAUUAUGUAUGAUUUUGUUUUUGUUCAGUAACCCCUAAUGACAGGAUCACUAUAUUCAAAUUCUGUAGAAUACCAUUUAUGUAUUCAGUGAUUUGAUUUCUACCUCGAAUAGAUAGCACUGAUAUUUUUUUCUUUCAUGUUUCUUUAUUUUUUUCCUUGAGAGAAAAGCUGAUAAGUUACAGACUUUUGUCAUCUAGUCAGUUAUGCUCUGCUUCACUUUAUUUGUGUGCGUGUGCUCCCUUUUGAUACAUGUAGAAUAUGUACGUGUUCUGUUUGUAGUACAAUUUUCAUUACUAUCUGUAUACUCUCAUUUCUCUAAUUUACUAUUACUCAUUAUCAUGAAAAUGUCAAAUUUAUUACUGGUUAAAAUAAGCCAACAGUCUUAUAUAUGUUGGUGUGCUUAUGGUUUGCAUGACAAUGUGUUUUAUCAAGUGUUAUGAAUUAUUUUGGUUUAAUCAAGAAUUUGGAAGAGUAAAUUAUACACACUAACUAAACAAUCAUAAUUGUUGACUUCAACAAAAUUCUUGUUAGGAAAUUUAACAUGUGUGCCUGAAUGUGUGUAUUGUGUUCUGCAUCUGCAAAGGUUUACAUGUACAGAUAGGUACAUUGUACUGUAUCCAUCAUUUCUGCAUAAUAGGGGAUGUGGUUGUCUUAAAAGUUCAAAGAAGAUUAGCAACCUGUGCAGAGUACAAGGAAGCCAGACUUUUCUCUCGCAAAGGCCUUGAAAUCAAGUGAUAUUUUUGUAUAUUAUAUUAUAAAUAGAUUAAAAUAUAUAGACGAGGUGAUAGAGAGACCACAAGAAUAUUUUGUUAUACUUGUAGAGGUUUUAAUUAUUAAAAUCGUGUUUUCA